UGCACUCUGAACGCAGCAGAAAUGCAGAAAUCAGGGGGCCCAAGGUGGAGGAGAAGGGUCCUGCUUCUCGGCAUCCUCUGGGCUACCACACGCCUGCCUCACCUGGGUGCCUCCCUGCCCCGGCGUCUACCAAGGGACACAGAAAAUAGCACCCAAUGUGCUACUUCGCCUUCAUCCGAAUUCCCUGAAGGGUUUUUCACCAAACAGGAGCGGAUAGAUGGAGGCAUCAUCAUCUACUUCCUCAUCAUCUUCUACAUGUUCCUGGCAGUGUCUAUCGUCUGUGAUCAGUAUUUCCUUCCCUCCCUGGAGCUCAUCAGUCAGUCCCUUGGACUGUCUCAGGAUGUGGCAGGUGCAACAUUCAUGGCAGCUGGUAGUUCAGCUCCUGAGUUAGUGACUGCUUUCCUAGGUGUAUUUGUAACGAAAGGAGAUAUUGGCAUUAGCACCAUUCUUGGAUCUGCAAUUUAUAAUCUCCUUGGCAUCUGUGCGGCCUGUGGCUUGCUAUCUAAUGUGGUCUCCAUGCUCUCAUGUUGGCCCCUAUUCAGAGACUGUGUGGCUUAUGCAAUUAGUGUAGCAGCAGUUCUUGGUGUAAUAUACGACAACAAAGUUUACUGGUAUGAAGGAACUUUACUGCUUUUGAUAUAUGGAUUGUAUGUCUUGGUGCUGUGUUUUGACAUGCAAAUUAGCCAAUACAUUAUUAAGAGAUGCAGUGCUUGCUGCACCUGUCUUGACAAAGUCAUGGAGGAGAGAAGUGAACAACAGUCACUGAUAGGAUGGGAAGAUGAGGGUCAGCCAUUCACUGGUCGACAAUCAAGAACUGAUAGUGGAAUCUUUUAUGAAGACUCUGGCUACUCCCAGCUUUCUCUAAGUUUACAUGGUCUUAGUCAGACUUCUGAAGAUCCACCAAGUGUUUUCAACAUGCCUGAAGCAGACUUAAAGAGAAUUUUUUGGGUAUUAUCCCUUCCUAUUAUUACAUUACUUUUUCUAACUACACCAGAUUGCAGAAGAAAUAUUUGGAAAAAUUAUUUUGCAAUAACAUUUAUCGUAUCUGCACUAUGGAUAUCUGCAUUUACAUAUAUCCUGGUUUGGAUGGUGACAAUAACUGGGGAAACAUUGGAAAUUCCAGAUACAGUAAUGGGCCUUACUUUGUUAGCAGCAGGAACAAGCAUACCAGACACCAUUGCAAGUGUGCUGGUUGCGAGAAAAGGUAAAGGAGAUAUGGCUAUGGCUAACAUUGUGGGAUCCAACGUGUUUGAUAUGCUGUGCCUAGGUGUUCCAUGGUUUAUUAAAACUGCAUUUAUAAAUACAUCUGCUCCAGUAGAAGUAAACAGCAGAGGACUCACAUACAUAACUAUCUCUCUCAACAUUUCAAUUCUAUUUCUUUUUUUAGCAAUCCACUUCAAUAGAUGGAAACUUGACAGAAAGUUGGGAGGAGUAUGCCUAUUAUUAUACUUGGGACUUGCUACAUUAUCAGUCCUAUAUGAACUUGGAAUUAUCGGAAACAAUAAAAUAUGGGGCUGUGGAAAUUAAUAUUAAAUAUUUUAUGUGGAAAUAUGGACGGGAUGGGCAGAGAAAGAAAACCAGAUUUCUUCUUUUAAUUCAAAUAAAAUAGAUCCUGAACCAUAGAGUCUAAAACUUACUUACACUAAUUGCUUAUCAUGAAAGAAAAAUUUAGACUAAUUAAAACUGCAUCUUAA